AUGGAUCAUCUACCAUCUUCGAUUGAGGCUAUACUAGGCCGCUGCCUAGCCCACAGACGAGGCCGCGAUUCACUCCUUCUUACGCGCGCAUCACAAUCCGUUUCUCGUCAACCAUCAAUUGUCCUCGUCACCUCCUCCCUUGGCCCAUCCGGCUCAUCAAUAUCACCAGAACACACUCCCUUGGGCGAAAAUACCUUCCCAACAAUAUCAUGGAAGCUUCCUCACGGCUUAGAGGCGCUGGUUUCCAGCUACGUUAUAAUUAUUGAAGAUCCCGACGCACCAGGGCCUCAGCCUGUUGUUCUCGGCUUAUACUACGGCAUCUCACCCCAUAAAACAAAACUUGUUGCGAAAGACUUUCGCCCCUUGGUACGAAUCCCAAAAGGUCAUCGAGGCUGCGGUGAAACCCCCCAUCUAGCGGGCGGAUUCCGGUACGGGAUUAACUGGGGCCAGAACAUUUGGAGUGGACCCCGACCGAUCUUAGCCCAUGGCGAACAUCGAUACUUUUUUCAAGUCAUUGCAUUGAAAGCGGAUUUGGUCACAAGGCUACGCAAUAAGCCUCUGACCAAGGACUGGUUACUUCGGGAAUUAAAACCAAAUGAUGUGUUGGCUUGGGGCGAGUGGAUUGGUACAUGCGAACGCCGACACGGGAGCUAA